UAAAGAUAGACAAUGUUUUAGAUAUCAGUUUAGUUUUACUCAGAGACAAAGCAUAAUUGUACUUGUGUAACAUCUUGUGGCUUAGUUUUGAGAAUUGUGUUGCAAUAUGUUUCAGACUGACUCCACCUGCUGGCUUGUAAGCAUCUUGAGCACGUUACACUGAACGUCAAUAUUUAACGUCGUCAGCUGACUACUGGUUGUACAUUAGUUGAACUGACAUCGAGGAAGGUGGACCAGAGCGUCAACUCACCAAUUUGUAUUUAAAUAGGUUCAGGUUGAAGGAUUAUAUCGCUAGAUAUUUCCUUCUCCAAGCUUCAGCAUCGAUCGUGUAAAGUUUUCUGGAUUUCAGACAGCGCGUGGUGUUAAAGCAGCAUGUCAAGGUCAGAUUUCCCUCCGAGUUACGACGAUUCCCGGCUGCUCUCUAACCCUCAGCCUGGAGGAGGUUACCCUGCUUCUGGCCCCCCAUAUGGCUUCAACAUGUACCCGGGACAGCCGCCUUACCCACAGCCCAAUGAUCCGUACCAUGGACAGCCUCCGGGAUACCCCCCACCAAAUAUACCUGCCAUCCCCGUCAUUCCUCCUGGUGUAGGAGACACUGAAGGAUUUACCACAACAGGAGGAUUCGACGAUAUUAGUGUCCGCCACACUUUUAUACGGAAAGUUUAUCUGAUCCUCGCUUCUCAGCUUAUCGUCACAGCUGCCAUCGUGGCUAUUUUCACAUUUGUGGAACCUGUAGGAGUGUUUGUGAGGAAAAAUCCAGCCAUUUACUGGGUUUCAUAUGCUGUCUAUUUUGUCACACACAUCGUAUUGGUUUGCUGUCAGGGACCCAGGAGGCGUUUCCCGUGGAACCUGAUCCUGUUGUCCAUUUUUACACUGGCCUUAUCGUUCAUGACUGGAAAUAUAGCAAGCUAUUACAGCACUAGGGCAGUUUUCCUGGCCCUGGCCAUCACUGUUCUUGUAACUGUUGCGGUGACAGUGUUCUGCUUCCAGACUAAGGUGGAUUUCACUAAAUGUUCAGGUUUUUUCUGUGUCCUCGGAAUCGUAGUGUUUGUGACUGGCAUCAUCACGGCUAUCGUGCUGUCAUUCAAAUAUGUCCCAUGGCUUCACAUGCUCUAUGCAGCAAUAGGGGCCAUUGCAUUCACUCUGUUUCUGGCCUAUCAUACCCAGCUGCUCAUCGGAAACAGGAAGCUCUCCAUCAGCCCGGAGGAGUAUGUGUUUGCGGCUCUCUCCCUUUAUGUUGACAUUGUCCAGAUCUUCAUCUUCCUCCUGCAAAUUAUCGGAUAUGCAGAGAGAUAGAAGCUUUAAGCUGGCUUAUGCACCUUUUCUGUACCAUUAUAAUGGCUUUAAUGUUUAUGCACUAUGCAGUGUCUUCUCAGUCCAGUCCCAGCUAACAUCUACUCAAAUAAUUGUAAAAUAUUUCUAGCUUUUUACUAAUGGAACAACUGGUAAGAGAUGAAUAUCAUUUCCAUGAUUUACUAACCAUAUGCAUAUAUUCCGAUAAAAUAUGAGUGAUAUUAUAUAGCCAAUACUGUGUUCUUGGUCCCAUGUCCUAGAAAUGGAAGCUGUCUGUUAGAAGUCCAUCUGUAUAAUGCAAAUUUCUACUGUAUUGAUUUAGAUUUGCUGUAUUUACUAUAGAUAUUACAUGUGUGUGGUGCAUUUUUGGAGGAGGGUUUAGCUUUUCUGCUGUGUACAUACAAUCUUAACUGUAUUCCAGUUAAUGAAUUUUAGAGUAUUUAUCGCAGACAUCUUUAUAUACAAUAGAAAAGUCUAUAUCAGAUAUUUUUCUUUAACUUUGGGAAAUAAAUGUCUUAAUGAAUUUGA